AUGGAGUCAACUUCAUCUGUAAGAGCCACUGUACAAGUCCACAGGGAAAGAAGAAUUCGUAAAGUCAAGAAGAAAGGAGCACGGCUAAGGGACUGUGAAACUUCUAAUGCUGUACCAACACAUUCAAAAUUACAUCAGCUGCUUCUUGAGGAACGUAUUGAGAAUGGUUAUAGUAAUCCAGCUCGCCUAGUGAAGCUGAAGAAAAGACAAUUGAAUGGACCUGCUGUUGAAGCAAAAUCUGGGAAAAGUUACAUGGAGAAAUUUCUAGAAACUCCCUCGCCUGAUCCGAAAAUGAUUUAUGAAACUUCAAUCUUUCCGCUGUCAAUGAAACCGACACCAUAUGAUUCUAGCGAAGCAGGGAUUAAAAUUCUUGAAAUCAGUAGCAUUAAAAAGUCGAUUGGAGAUGAAAACUCUUGUUCAUCCCCUUAUGAGCCGGAGUCUGAACUUCGCCAAUUUCCAGAAGAGGUUGGUGAGGCAAAUGGAGAUCUUGUGAUGGUGAAAGAACAAAUCUCAGUGGGUGUAAGGGAUGUCAAGGUGUCUGAUGAAACAGAAUUGGCAAUCAAUGAACAAAAGAAAAUAGAAGGCAACUUAGUUAGAUACAAUUCUGAUGAUGUGAGCAGUGAGGUUGACAAUUACAUGGAUGCUUUAACUACCAUGGAGUCAGACAAUAAUAACUCAUUCAGUGGAAAUGAAGACGAGCAUGUGGAACUGCAAGCUCACUUUUCAGAUUCUCAAUCUACUGGAAAGUCCUUUAUGUCAGAUGUAAAUAUCAUUGAGCAUUGUGGUUGA